AUGGAGGUUGGAUAUAAAAGUGUCGUGGGGUUGGACGCAGUAAAAGGACUGAAGACGAAUCAGGAGCCUAACCUCGACCGUACAAGAGAAGAGAUAGAACGGAAUAUAAGAACCUUAAUAUUAAUAUCGAAGCUAGGCUCACCGAUGACCGAUGCAGACAUAUCCCUCUACAAUGCCCUCAAAAUCAAUCUACGCCACGAAAGUUCGGAAAGAUUGAUGCUUAGUGAUCCAGAGGCAAAUAUGAUUAUUUACGACGAUUCAACAUUUUAG